CCCUCCCUCCAACUCUCCUCACUCUUACACCAUCCCAAUCAUCCUUCUUUCCAAUAACAUCAUAUCAUAACAACAAUACUGCAACGACUGUGCGCCAUAUACAUAUUUACUGCGAAUUGUUAACCUCGCACCGAAAUCCGUCGAUACAGCUUCCUGGUCGCAAUCAUGAAGGGCGCUCUCUUCACGGCGGCUAUGCUGCUGGGCUCGGCGUCGGCCGGUGUCCACAAGAUGAAGCUCCAGAAGAUCCCUCUUGCGGAGCAGCUGGAGUUCGCCAAUGUCGAGACCCAUGUGAGGAAUCUCGGCCAGAAGUACAUGGGCAUCCGCCCGCAAACCCACGUCGAUGCCGUCUUCCAAGAGUCAUCGUCCAUUAAGCAGGGCGGCCACCUCGUCCCCGUCAGCAACUUCUUAAACGCACAGUACUUCUCCGAGAUCACCAUCGGCAACCCACCACAGACAUUCAAGGUCGUCCUUGACACCGGCAGCUCCAACCUCUGGGUUCCAUCCCAGUCUUGCGGCUCCAUCGCCUGCUACCUCCACAGCAAGUACGACUCGAGCGAGUCCAAGACCUACGAGAAGAACGGCACCGAGUUCGCCAUCCAGUACGGCUCCGGCAGCGUCAGCGGAUACAUCUCCCAGGACCAGGUCACCAUCGGCGACUUGGUAAUCAAGGACCAGCUCUUCGGCGAGGCCGUUGAGGAGCCCGGACUUGCCUUUGCCUUUGGUCGCUUCGACGGUAUCCUGGGUCUCGGCUUCGACACCAUCUCCGUCAACAAGGUCGUCCCACCCUUCUACAGCAUGAUCGACCAGGGCCUCCUCGACGAGAAGGUCUUCUCCUUCUACCUCGCCGAUGACAAGUCCCAGUCCGAGGCCGUCUUCGGCGGAAUCGACAAGUCCCACUACACCGGCGACUUGACCUAUAUCCCCCUCCGCCGCAAGGCCUACUGGGAAGUCGACUUCGACGCCAUCUCCUUCGGCGACGUCAAGGCGGACCUCGACAACACCGGCGUCAUACUCGACACCGGCACCUCCCUCAACACCCUCCCCUCCUCCCUCGCUGAGCUCCUCAACAAGGAGAUCGGCGCUAAGAAGGGCUACAACGGCCAGUACACCAUCGACUGCAAGAAGCGCGAUGACCUCCCAGAUAUCACCUUCACCCUUGCUGGCCAUGACUUCGCACUCAGCGCUUAUGAUUAUACCCUUGAGAUGGGCGGAAGCUGCGUGUCUACCUUUAUGGGAAUGGAUAUGCCCGAGCCUGUUGGCCCGUUGGCUAUCCUCGGUGAUGCGUUCCUGAGGAGGUGGUACAGCGUGUAUGAUCUCGAGAAGGGUGCUGUUGGCCUGGCUGCCGCAAAAUAGAUGGUGACAGACAUAAAGAAGCUAGAGAAAGCUAGUGAAGGUUGGAAGAGGUUGAUAUAGUGGAUUGGACUGGGACAAGAGAGUGCAGCUUGUGAUGUCGUUCGUCUUUACUUGUCUGUUUUUUUCCUUUUUCGUUUCCCUUUCGCAUUCUCUUUUCCUUCUGUGAGAACACAAUCAUGCUGGUGUUUUUUUGGGACUUUUUUUUUGUAUCUAAGAUUUGAGAAGGGGGGUUAAUUCGAGCAAAUGCAUAUUGUAAACCA